AGAAAUUUUUAUUCAAAAUGCACGUUUUUAUACAAUAAAAAUCAGUGUUUCAUAUAUUUUAACAUACGAACUUAUAUUAGUCGAACGAAUUUAAAAAUAAAAAUGGUUGUUUACGUAAGAUAUCCAGAUUCCUAUUGGUUGUCAGAAUGGCAAAGACCAAAUUAUUAUUACAGCCAAUAUAUUAGACCAACGAGAUUUACUAGGUUGUACGCCCCUACAUAUUGGGCGCCUUCGACCACCUAUACAAGAAGAUAUUAUUACGAUGAUGAUAUUAUCCCUAUUUCUACAAGAAUAAGGUAUAGAAGUAGACCACAAGUUUUGCAAAAUUUCGUUGAUGAUAUGGCUUUACUUUCUUAUAAAAAAGACGAUGCUGUAAAGAUGGUCCUAGUAAGAUACCCAAUAUCUUAUUACAGCUCUUUGUGGCGAGAACCAGAUUAUUAUAACUAUUAUUACCGACCGCUACGAUGGUACAGAAAUUAUUGGCCUUUAUAUUGGUACUCUAGUAGCUAUUGGCCCUCAUGGAGGUCAUACUACAGAUAUCUUUUAGACGACUAUUGGCCAAGCUCUUAUAGAUAUAGAAGCUCAAACUGGGCCUACCGCCUUUCUAGUUUUAUAGAUGAUAUGGCUUUAUAUUCACGCAAAAAUGAUACUGAAGUAAGACCAUAA